AUGUCAACUUUCUAAGAAAGGUUUAAGGGUAAAACAACAGUAAUGAGUAGGAAUGGCCUAGAAUCAGUAAUUAAUUCUUGUUAAUAACCAAUUAAGAAAGAAUUUGAAUGUAUGAUAAAUGACUUAUUACAGAUUAAAAUAGAUGUCCUCAGAUUUAAUAACCUUUACAAUAACAAAUUAAUGUUCAACCUGUACUUACACAAAUUCAAUAUAACAAUUAAUAGAGUCAUUAAACCUUAUAUUAACAUAAUCCAUACAUACCAGAGUAAUAGAUUCAAGAUUCUCUAUAAUAUUUCAAUCAAUAGUAAUAUUUUCAACCUUCUUUUGAUUAUUAAGUAAGACAAACAGUUAAUGAACCUUAAAAAAAAAUGGAACAAAGAUCCUAAUCUGCAAAAUAAUAAUAAUAAUAAUCAGUAGAUGAUUUGUAACGGUACAAACCAUACACCAUAAAGGAUUAUGAGAUAAUGAAAAAGACUGCAAAUGCUAAAUUAGGAGGUUUGGGACCUAAUAUUAGUGGAGAAGAAUGGGCAAAAGAAAAAGAAAAGCAACUUAAAAGAUAAGAAUUUGCAGAAUAAGUCAGACAAUUUAAUUCAACUAAUAUAAUAACUAUAAAAAAUAAAGAGAUUAAACAACCUGAAAUAAAUGCUAGGUAUUAUUAAAAAUAUAUCAAGACAAAAGGCAAUAGAAUUUGCCAGAAAUAUACCAAAACCUGUUGUGAAAAAGAAGGAUGAUAAUAAUACUAUGAAAAUUAUGCAUAAUAAAAUAAUAAAUAAUAAUUAGGAUAUUUUUAAUGAUGAAAUUGAAAGACUUGAAAGAGAACAUAUAAAGUAUUUAAAUUAAUUAGAUAAGAUGAAAUGA